AUCAGUAAAAUUGUCGUACAUUUUUAAGUAGUUAUUUACAUCGAAAACAUUUUACAAUGUACGUACUUUCAUUACUUUAGGUUUUCUUCCUUCUAAAUUCCGGCUGAAACAAAAUGUUCAUGGAUUUUGUUUUACAUUUGCAUUUAAACGUUAACGGCAAAAAGUUAAUGCGCAGUGACAUCGACAUCGACAACAUCGGACAACUAAACGGAGGCGAAUUCGAUAGAGAUCGUAAUAUCGAUAACGAUAGCGAUAGCAUUUGGCGAGUGCGAGAGCAACAAGCAGCAGAGGUGGUAGUAAAGAACAGUAGCACGAGUCAGAUAAGGAUAGAGAGAGUUGAAAACGGAGGAAGAGCAAAAGAGCUUGUUGCUGAGCUGCGAGCGUUAUCAUGACGCAAUACCCAACUCCAUGAAUGAAAUAGCAACAACACAUUCAAUUGGUUGGGAGCACGACAACAAGCCCACACACAUACAUACACACACAUCAAAAUAUUAUAAAUAUAUAUGUCGCCAACGGCGGCAGAGAUAACCGCUGCGACGUUGACGCCGCCAAGAGAGGCGAAAAACAACAACAGCAAGAACGAUGCGUACCAACAACAGAAAACAGAGAGCGCCGCGUCGACGUUGGCCGCAACAACAAUGCCAACGGCGAGUAAAAAGAGCAAAGCGAGCAAACCGAUGCCGCCACUGCCGCCCGAUAUCAGCACGAGCACUGUGGGCAGCGGCAUACUGCUGAUGACGCCAGAGCAAAUCGCCGAGGCAUAUGAGAAGGCUGUGCGCGAUGAAAAGAGCGACGACGGCAGAGAUGGCAAAAGCGAUGGUAAAGGGGGAGAGUCGAGCAAAUUCAGUUUACUUGGUGUGCUCAAAUCAUGUGCGGAUAUUCGACUGCGACUCUUGCGGUUAGUCGGUAGAUUCUUGUCAUUCAUUUUGCAUUUAGACAUGCAUGGGGGCAGCACCGGCAACAACAUUAACUUCGUUUCGGGGCUAAUAGACUUUUUUGCCGGCUCCUUAGGUGGCGCGGCACAGGUCUAUGUCUCACAGCCAUUGGAUACGGUUAAGGUGAAGAUGCAAACAUUCCCAGAGAAGUACAAGGGCAUGCUUGAUUGCUUCGUGACCACCUAUCAACGAGAUGGUGUUAUGCGCGGCCUCUACGCUGGCUCAGUGCCGGCGGUGUUUGCCAAUGUCGCUGAAAAUUCGGUGCUAUUUGCCGCCUAUGGUGGCUGUCAAAAGUUUGUCACCUAUGUGGUUGGGAAGGAGUUGGCCAGCGAAUUAACCACAACUGAAAAUGCAUGCGCGGGUUCCUUGGCCGCCUGCUUCUCCACCCUCACACUCUGCCCCACCGAGCUGAUCAAGUGCAAACUGCAGGCGCUGCGCGAUAUGAAACAAUUUGUGGAGCCAACACAAACAGCCGAUAUACGCACUCCAUGGACCCUCACGCGUUACAUCUGGCGCACCGAAGGCAUUCGAGGCUUCUAUCGUGGCCUCGGCUCAACGUUCAUACGCGAGAUGCCCGGCUACUUUUUCUUCUUUGGCAGCUACGAGGGCACACGUGAGCUGCUGCGCAAAGAGGGACAGACGAAGGACGAAAUUGGACCAUUCCGCACAAUGGUUGCUGGCGCCAUUGGCGGCGUUUGUCUGUGGACCUCCACAUUUCCAGCGGAUGUGAUCAAGAGCCGCAUCCAGGUGAAGAACCUCAACGAGGGCAUGUUCACCGUGGGCGCGGACAUUGUGCGGCGCGAAGGCGUGCUCGCCCUCUAUCGGGGAUUGCUGCCAUCUGUGCUGCGCACCAUUCCGGCCACCGCCACCCUGUUCGUUGUUUACGAGUACACAAAGAAGGCGCUUCAUGGAGCUACGCUCUGAAAGGGACAUCCCCAGAACCACCUUCCCCCCACAUUCAUCCCUGUCUCCUGCUGGACGUGACCGCGGGCGGUCAUCCAAUGAAACAAUAAUUGGAAAUGCAACAAAAAAAGAACGAAAGAAAAGAUAUCGACAUUCUUAUGACUA